AUGCCCAAAAGACAUGAGCUGGAAAAUGAUCAGGACAGUAGAACAGAUACGGACGAAGCGAGCGAAUGUGAGAUGGUGGCCGGCUCGGCUAAUCAGCCGCACAGCGUGGACGAGCGGCUUGAAAUAAAGGAACAGAUGUACCAGGAUAAGCUCGCCAAUCUGUUGAGCCAGCUGGAGCUGUGCAAACAGCGCAAACAUCCGGAAUAUUUGAAAACAGUGGAGCGUCUUAAGAGCGAGCUAGACGAUCGUUUACUGUUAAACGAGGUGGAACGUGACUAUUUGCUGGAGUGUGCCGAGCGGGACUGUAUCCUGGAGAAGGCGGCUGCCGAGAAGGAGUACGAGGAGAAGAAGGCCGAGCUGAUUGAAAAUGUGAUCGCCGAUCUAGAGGAUCAGAAAAAGAUGAUUGAGCACGAGUUCGCGACGAUGGAGUUGAACGGGGAUUCGAUCGAUGUGAAGCCCACGGUUACGCGGAAGUUGCGCCGCCGGCCGAAUGAACCACUACCUGUGCCGGAAAAGCGUCGUAAGCCCACCACAAACCAGCUAACGUUUCUGUUGGAUGAUAAGGAAAUUGAGCACGAUUUGAAGCUGAUCGCAAGGGGCAAACCACCGAGCUCCGGGAACCGUGCGACCCAGCACGCCAUCAAUGAAGGUGCGAGCGGUAGCGGUAGUUCGGGUUCGCAGGGUAGGGCUGGUUCCACCAACACCGGUACCAAUCCGGCCGACCAAAAUGGUUCCCAGGCGGAGGGCUACGGCAGCGGAACUACUUCCACCGGGCAGGGAUCGGGUGGCCAAUCGAGCCAGCAACAGCUGGCGGACACGCGAAUCGAGGACGGAAAGCUGUGGUACGAGCGGCGCUGGUUCCAUCGCGGCCAACCGGUACACGUAGAGGGCCGGGACAUUUCACGCUUUUCGGCCAACAUUUCCGCGAUCGGCAUUGAGGCGAUCUGCGUGAAGAAAACAACCGACGGCCAGAAGGUGCGCAUCUUUCUGUCGCACUUGCGCCGCGGCAAGGUGUCUAUAAAGCGUCGAGCAAAUUAA